CCCAAAAACUUCUUUUUGCAAAUUUCUUUUCCAAUUACAAUUUAUAAUUAGAGAAUUGAAAGCUUGAAACGAAGCGAAGGCUCGUCGUCAUUCGGUUGCGCAAGACGAAAGGGAAGAUUCUCCCAUUUUCCGAUCAACCCAACAGUUUUGAUUUUCUGAAGUAGGUUUUUCUUGGAGCUUAAUCGAACUAAACCAGAGGAACAAAUUUUCAGUAAUGUCGGAGAAAGGCGAAAAGGGUUUUUCAGUGCAAAAAAAACCUGCAAAGUCUUCCCUCAAGUCUUCCGCUCUCAAGGAUGCUUCUCUAAAAGGAAAGGAUGAUAGUUUGUCAAAGCUAAAGAAGGGAAGGAAAGUCCAGUUCGAUGCUCAAGGAUCAGUUGAUGCGCCAAAUACUUUUUCGAUGAAAUACAGUGGCAAAAAUGGUGACAUGGGUAAAGGAGGAAAAGGUGCAAACACGAAGGCUUCUGUUGCAAAGGAACCCCAAUCACUAGAAUUAAAGAUUGAGCAAGAACUGCCCAAGAAUGUUAAAUGCCAAUGCCUUAUGGACUGUGAAGCUGCACAACUUUUACAGGGAAUCCAAGAUCAGAUGGUUUUUCUAUCCGCUGAUCCAACCAUAAAAAUUCCCACGUCAUUUGAUAGGGGAUUGCAAUAUGCUAAAAGAGCCAACCACUAUGUAAAUGCGGAGUCAGUUAGACCAGUUCUUGAAACCCUCAAGAAAUAUGGCAUAACAGAUAGUGAGAUAUGUGUGAUUGCUAAUGUCUGCCCAGACACUACUGAUGAAGUUUUUGCUCUUCUUCCAUCCUUGAAGAACAAAAGAAGCAAGCUAAGUGAACCUCUCAACAAUGUCUUGAGUGAGCUAGCCAAGGUAAAAUCAUCCUGAACUGAAGCCAUCGAGUUGCUUGCUGUUGCUGUUGCUCAGGUCCGGUUGCCCUCUCCCCUUCCUGUGAAAAUUGUUUUAUGGCAUUUGAAAAUUAGGACCUUAUCUUUUCAAUGGCUUUCAAUAGAUAUAACUUCGGGGGAAGUAAAGUAUUAGCCCAUCGGAAUAUUUUGUUCUUGAAGAGAUCUGUAUUUGCUACUGGCAUUGUUGAUAUAGUGUAGAAAUAUGGCUUAACUUUACUGAGAAUGCAUUUCCCACCUGAAUCAA